AUACCUUCAGAGCACAACUGUAAGCAUCUUCAAAGGCUGAGAUGCUGAGGGUUUCUGGGGCUAUUGUCCUGAAUCUCGACCCUGAAGGAACACAGUCGCUGGGAUCUUGGUCUUGGGGAAGCCAUAGCUGAGACUGAAUGUUCGGACAGAGAACCGGAGGCAGAUUCCCAGGUCCUGAUCAGCUCUUCCCAGCCUCAGAGAAGCCAUGGGAGCCUGCCGCAUCCAGUAUGUCCUGCUCCUCUCUCUGCUGGGCUUCUGCCCCUGCUCAGAUACUCUGAACUGUCAGGAAGGAUCCGUGAUGAAGUUUGGCCAAAACUUCAGUAGGACAUCAAUUGAAUGGAUCGUAAAUCAGACAGUUGGGUCAGAGAAGAAUAAAGGAGAGAUGUGUCAGGAGAUAUUUCUGCUCAUAGAUGUAGGUGAAAAAUCUCUCAUAUUGGGGACCAAAGGCAUCACCACUGUUCCUGGUAAGAGAAAAAAAACAGAUGUGUUUUCCCCUGGACCUGGAAUAGUGAGUGCAUCUUAUGUCCACUUCUGUGACACUGAUCUGUGCAACAAUGCUAGCAGCACCAAGGUCCUACUUGACCUCUUGAAGCUUUCAGAGUACAAUGAGCCAGGAACCACCAAGUGUCCUGUCUGCUUGGAUUUUAAGGGUUCUUGCAAUACAGAGUCCAACCAUACCUUGUGCCCUAAGGACACGAAAUGCUAUGCAGCUUCCUUGGGAGUGCAUGGAGGUGACCUCAGUGCCAUUUUUAGCAUUUCUGGAUGCCUGAACUCAUCUCAUACAUACUUAUUGAACAACCAAAAUACAAUUGGAAUCAUCAGUAUAAAAGAAACCCUUGAGUCAAAUGUCACUUUAUCCUCACAGGGACUACUUGUCCCGAGCAUCUUACUGACCUGGAUGUUUGGGCUCUUAGCCCUUUGUUUACAGAGAUCUGUCCUCUGCUGAACCCAUUUCCUGGCCAUUCUUAAUCCCUCUUGGCCACCCAGACCCAGCCCUCCUCUGACUUCAAAGACCCGAGGCUGGGCGCUGUUGGCCUGCGCUGUCGGGGCCCUCAUCCCUCACCCACACACCUCUGCCCCUCAUGCUUAGACUUGGGAGCCACUGAACCCAGCCGGCUCCAGAGCAGACAAGCACACGUUGACCACGUGUGGAAAAAUAAAGUUGCUGUUGUUUGUCCAA